UAUUUGGGGUUUAAACUUGAACAGAUAAGAACUUUGACCAGAUUUUAUGACCACGUGGUGAUGACCCAUGUUUUUCUCGUUAAGGUCAGUAGUCUAAAAAAUCAAUUUGGAUGCUUUGAUUACACAAAAUAUAUGUCAAAGUUAAUAGGUUUCUUUGAAAUAUUAAGUAAAUAAAUAAAAAAUGGGAUCUAGAUCUAGUUUAAACCUGUCUAUUUAUUUGAUGUUUGAGCACGUGAUCUUUACUUAGAAUCUAGAUUAUUAUGAUAUUAUCAUUAUCUUAUGAAUGAUUAAAUAAAUGAGCAUAGCUAUAAAAUGGUUAAAAAUACAAUAUUAUUUAUAUAACUCGAUUAUGACGGGUCAUGUUUUCCAACGGGAAAAUUAUCAGUCUCAUUGAAAUCCACGCGCAUGACAUCAUACCUAUGACGUCAUUUCAUCUAGGCUAAGAAAAUAAAGAUAAGAGUAAAUAGAGUCUAAAUAUAUAAAGUAUGAAAUAAAUAAAAUACAUCAUGAUGAAAUAAAAAUUUAAUAAUAAUAAUUUAUUAAAAUCUACACAAAUUUAUUUAUUUAAUUUAUUUAUUUAGAUCUAUUUAUUUAUUUAUAUUAUUUUAUUUUUCGACAAUGCCAAAACAUCGCCAACAACGUGGCCAUACACGAGACACGCUCCAACAGCAAGUCAAUAAUAGGAGGAACACUCGAACGUCUGUUUCUACAGCCAUGCCUCCAGCUGACAGACCUGUAAGGGAGCCCUGUGCAGAAAACGAGAUGGAUGGCCAAUCCGGACCUCCGGUAGAUGUUGAUCUUCAUCACCUAGAAGCUAAUAAAGACUGUAAAAUGUCGGAUGUUUGGAUUAUAGGCUCUUCAAUUAUUAGGGAUGCCUUUCAAACAGCAUGUCGCAGAAGUGAAGGUGCUCACUUGGGACUUCAAUCUCUAGGUUAUAAUGUUAUAUGGGAAUAUCAGGGGGGCAUGAAAGUUUCUGAUUUAAAACCUUCGAUAGAAUACUUGCUUGAGUUUAAAAAUGCGCCUAAAUUUUUGAUAAUACACUGUGGCGGGAACGAUUUAGGAAAUCGACCUUCAGUUGAAAUCAUAUGGGACAUCAAAAACUUUAUAACAGGGACUUUGCUUGAAAAAAUGCCUGAUACGAAAAUAAUUUGGUCUCAGAUAUUACCAAGAAGGUCAUGGAGAUAUAUCCAAUGUAACAAAACUGCAAAUAAAACCCGCAUGCGUAUAAAUAGUUGUAUCAGUACAUUUGUUAUUAAACUCGGGGGUUAUUAUAUUCGUUACCCUGAUAUUACGGAGAACCCUAGGUUGUAUAGGCCGGAUGGCACACAUCUGUCGGACUUUGGUAACCACAUUUUAUUGAAUACAAUAUCGGGUGCUCUCCACACAUUCACGUCCAUGGCUGGGUAGGGCAAAAUUGUUGCUGUGGUAGCCCGCUUUGGCGGAAGCCCACAGUCAAAUGUUUCACUUUGCUUGUGGGCUUUUUGGCAUGUGCUACCACGUUUUUGCAACCGUUGCCGGGGCAAAAACAGUUAUAGUAAAGACAUUUAGUAGUUUUAACUCGAAACACAUAGACAUUUCAAUAGGUUAAAUAAUUAAAAUGCUUUUAUCCAGCCAUGGCCGUUUUCACGCCAACACGUUUUUAUUAAUAAAUAUUAGUACGUUUUUUUUUUUUAAACUGAUUUCUCUUUUCCUUUAUUCCCAAGUUGUAAUGUUUGAAUAAUAUUUGAUUUAUCCGCUAGAGGAAUAAAUCUUUUAUUCAAAUCUUACAACUUAACAUUUUUAUUAUAACACCCCAGUAGGGCCUCAAAAAGAGUUGUCAGGGGAGACAACCUACACUGGAUUAUGUCAUAUAUAAGGCAGAAAAAAUUCUGGGAACGGUCUUUCAUUCGUGGACACCAUAGAAGAGGUAGACUAGUUUAUCGUUAAAAAAUCUAAAUUAAAAAAAUCAAAUAUUGAAUCCCACCACAAACCCACCCGUUCAAUUUCUUUGUUUUUGCUCUCUUCCCUUUUUUUUAUAUUUUCAGAUAACACUAUUAACACGUCAUGGCUGGAACAGAAAGAUACAGAAACAGGAGGAUGCUUAUAAGUCUCAGCGACCGUUAUCGGAGCUGAUCAAUUUGUAAAACAGACAUGUUAAAGUGAUUUCAUCAUCUGUACCUGUGUACCUUGAGUUGAAGCAUGUGCUACCACGUUUUUGCAACCGUUGCCGGGGCAAAAACAGUUAUAGUAAAGACAUUUAGUAGUUUUAACUCGAAACACAUAGACAUUUCAAUAGGUUAAAUAAUUAAAAUGCUUUUAUCCAGCCAUGGCCGUUUUCACGCCAACACGUUUUUAUUAAUAAAUAUUAGUACG